AUGUAUCUAGACAUUCACGAUUCCGAAAAGACGAUUCCAUGGAUUGCUCCUCAGAAUACCUUGAUGAUGCAGGGCUUUGAAUGGCACGUCCCUGCUGAUCAACGUCAUUGGAAACGAUUGUGUAUGUCAAUGCCUACUCUUCGAGAUGCCGGGGUAGACAAUAUCUGGAUACCUCCUGGGUGCAAGGCGAUGGAUGCAUCUGGGGUCGGAUACGACUUAUACGACUUGUGGGAUCUUGGAGAAUUUGACCAGAAGGGAUCUAGAGCCACUCGUUGGGGCCCAAAGGAGGACUUGAUAGACAUGGUGCAAGCCGCGCAAGAUGUCGGGAUUGGAAUUUUUUGGGACACGGUAUUGAAUCACAAAGCUGGAGCGGAUAGCACUGAAACUUUCCAAGCAAUCAAAGUUGACCCUAAGGAUCGAAAUAUCGAGACACCACCGACAGAAACCAUAUCUGGGUGGGUAGGGUUUGACUUUCCUGGUCGCGCUGGAAAAUACAGCUCUAUGAAGUAUCAUUAUCAGCAUUUCAACGGCGUUGAUUGGGAUGAUUCACGGCAGGAAAAUGCAAUCUAUAAGAUUACAGGGCCAAGGAAAGGAUGGGCAAAAGACGUAAGCCAGGAACACGGUAACUAUGACUAUCUGAUGUUUGCCAACUUGGAUCACACACACCCGGACGUCCGAGCCGAUAUCUUUAAGUGGUCGGAAUGGAUUGGAACUGAGCUGCCAAUCAGUGGUAUGCGAAUCGAUGCAGCAAAACAUUACUCUGCAGGUUUCCAGAGAGAGUUUGUCAGUCAUCUGAGGAAUACGAUUGGUGCGGACUAUUUCCUGGUAGGCGAAUACUGGCGCGGAGACGUAAACCUUCUCUUGAAGUAUCUCGAAGUCAUGAACUAUCAACUCUCCUUAUUUGAUGCACCGCUUCUAGGACGUUUUGCAGUGACUUCACAGACAGAAGGGGCCGAUUUACGGAAAGUAUUUAACGGGACAUUAGUGGAGCAAAGCCCAAAGCAUGCAGUUACAUUUGUGGGAAAUCAUGAUACACAAGUCGGUCAAUCAUUGGAGACAGUCAUUGUACCUUUCUUCAAACCAAUCGCAUAUGCGUUGAUUCUUCUUCGCAGCCAAGGUCAACCAUGUGUUUUCUAUGGUGAUCUUUAUGGCCUUCGACAAAGCUCCGGAUCCGUGUCACGCCCUUCAUGUAGGGGCAAACUACCAAUACUAAUGCGUGCUCGCAAACUUUAUGCCUAUGGCGAGCAACGUGAUUAUUUCGACAAGAAGAAUUGCAUUGGGUUCGUUCGCUAUGGCACAGCUCAUUACCCGUCAGGUCUUGCCUGUAUCAUGAGCAAUGCUGCAGCAACAUACAAGCGUAUGUAUGUCGGUGCUAGGCAUGCUGGAGAACAAUGGACCGAUAUACUCGAUUGGUGCGUUGAAACUGUUAUAAUUGAUCACCGUGGGUACGGGAUUUUCCCAGUUGCUGCAAAGAGCAUCAGUGUUUGGGUUGAUAAUAAGGCUGGAGGGAGGAAGAGUCUUUUCCGAUCCUUUGAUAUUGAUAUCUACAGGCACUGA